GCUAUCUAAGCUUUCUGAACUUUGGAGUUUCACUUUCUACGAAACUCCUGAUGUGGAGACGGAAAAAAUAAAGGGAGGGAGGAAGGGAGGGAGGGAGUAAUAACUACAGCACACAGAAGUGCAGAUGUACUGUGAUCUGAAAAAGAGACCAAUUUUGUUGUUCAAAGGAAGGCUUGACUUGUGUUUUUCUUCUCUGCAACCAGAUGGGCUUAAACUCAAUUGAAGACUCUUCCAUUGCUCCAGUUGUCAAAGAGCUGAGGAUUAUCCUGCUGGGAAAGACUGGAUCAGGAAAGAGUGCAACAGGGAACACCAUCCUGGGACGAAAAGCUUUUACCUCAGAGAUAUCUCCGUCUUCUGUGACAGAGACAUGUCAAAAAGAAACUGCCCACUUUGAUAAAAGAACCGUGUGUGUGGUCGACACCCCUGGUGUCUUUGACACAUUGAUGAAGGAUGACGUUUUGAAAACUGAAUUAGAGAAAUCUAUCGCACUGUCUGACCCAGGACCCCACAUACUCCUGCUAGUGAUCAGAUUGGAUGUACGGUUCACAGAUGAGGAGAAGAAUGUCGUCAAAUGGAUCAAGGACAACUUUGGUGAAGAAGCCUUCCGUUAUACACUGGUGCUUUUCACCAGAGGAGAUGAGCUAAAAGAGCUGUCCAUUCAGGUGUAUUUAGACAAAAGUCCUCAACUCAGGGAGUUUAUCAGUGACUGUAAACCUGGGUACAUUGUGUUUGACAACACGUGCAUGACAAAUCGUACUCAGGUGGCUGAUCUUUUUGAAAAGAUAGACAAGACAGUGCAGUUAAAUGGUAACCAUUAUACCAGAAGUAUGUAUGAAGAGGCCCAGAGAAAGAAGAUUUCAAAGGAACGGUGGAGCAAGUUGGGAGGCUAUGUGAACACUCUAGGUAAUCAGUUGUUAGUGGCAGCAGCAGUCACAUCCGCCCCUGCUGCUGGUGCUGCUAUAUUAGCAGAGGAAGCACCUGGAGCUACUGCUUUUGUUGCAGCAGCUACAUCCAUGAAAGUGAUUUCAAUGGUUGCAGGGGCUGGGAUUUCUAAAGCCAUGGGUUGGUGGAUGAAACCUAGAGGCCCUGACAAAGUUCUGCGACGCGUUUUUGUAAGACAGUAA